CCUCCAACUCGGCGCCCAGAGCGGCCGGUUCUUCUCCCGCCUCGCCGGGGGCGCCCACCCGCGGGUCGACAUGACGCGGCUGAGCUGGUGCUUCUCCUGCGUGAUCCGGUGGGGCAAGUACCUCUUCUCCUGCCUCUUGCCCCUGCGCUUCUGCCUCCGCAGCCAGCCAGAAGACCUGGAGGCCCCCAAGACUCACCAUUUCAAGGUGAAGACCUUCAAGAAGGUGAAGCCCUGUGGUAUCUGCCGGCAGGUCAUCACGCGGGAGGGCUGCACCUGCAAAGUCUGCAGCUUCUCCUGUCAUCGGAAAUGCCAGGCCAAGGUGGCUGCCCCCUGCAUUCCUCCAUCCAGCCAUGAACUGGUGCCCAUCAACACCGAGAGUACAACAAAGAAUGUAGUGGACACGGGGGAAGGAACCUUCCGGGGUGGAAACACGCGGAAAAGCCUUGAGGAAGACGGCUCCACCAGUGUCACCCCAAGUGUCCAGCUCCAGCCCAUCAGAAACAUGAGUGUGAGCCAGACCAUGGAGGACAGCUGUGAGCUGGACCUGGUAUAUGUCACAGAGAGGAUCAUAGCCGUCUCCUUCCCCAGCACAGCCAAUGAGGAGAACUUCCGGAUCAACCUCCGCGAGGUGGCCCAGAUGCUCAAGUCUAAACAUGGCGGUAACUACCUGCUUUUCAACCUCUCUGAGCGAAGACCCGACAUCACGAAGCUCCAUGCCAAGGUACUGGAAUUUGGCUGGCCUGACCUCCACACCCCAGCCCUGGAGAAGAUCUGCAGUGUCUGCAAGGCCAUGGACACUUGGCUCAAUGCAGACCCCCACAAUGUUGUCGUUCUGCACAAUAAGGGAAACCGAGGCAGGAUAGGUGUUGUCAUCGCGGCCUACAUGCACUACAGCAACAUUUCUGCAAGUGCUGACCAGGCUCUGGACAGGUUUGCAAUGAAGCGGUUCUAUGAAGAUAAGAUUGUGCCCAUUGGCCAGCCGUCCCAGAGAAGGUAUGUACAUUACUUCAGCGGCCUGCUCUCCGGUUCCAUCAAAAUGAACAACAAGCCCCUGUUCCUGCACCAUGUGAUCAUGCACGGCAUCCCCAACUUCGAGUCUAAAGGAGGGUGUCGGCCAUUUCUCCGGAUCUACCAGGCCAUGCAACCUGUUUAUACAUCUGGCAUCUACAAUGUCCAAGGAGAUAGCCAGACCAGCAUCUGCAUCACCAUCGAGCCUGGGCUGCUCCUGAAGGGUGACAUCUUGCUGAAGUGCUACCACAAGAAGUUCCGCAGCCCCGCUCGAGAUGUCAUCUUCCGUGUGCAGUUCCACACCUGCACCAUCCAUGAUCUGGGGGUCGUCUUUGGGAAGGAGGACCUCGAUGAUGCCUUCAAAGAUGAUCGAUUUCCAGAAUACGGCAAAGUGGAAUUUGUGUUUUCUUAUGGACCAGAGAAAAUUCAAGGCAUGGAGCAUCUGGAGAAUGGGCCGAGCGUGUCCGUGGACUACAACACCUCUGACCCUCUCAUCCGCUGGGAUUCCUACGACAACUUCAGUGGGCAUCGAGAUGAUGGCGUGGACGAGGUGGUGGGACACACCCAGGGGCCACUGGACGGGAGCCUGUAUGCCAAGGUGAAGAAGAAGGACGGCCUGCUGGGCAGCACCGGGGCCGUGGAUGCCGCGCGGCCCGCUCUGUCGGCCACCCCCAACCACGUGGAGCACACCCUCUCUGUGAGCAGUGACUCCGGCAACUCCACAGCCUCCACCAAGACAGACAAGACAGAUGAGACAGCCCCCGGCCCCUCCAGUGCCGCUGUUGUCCUGAGCCCCGAGGAGAAGCGUGAGCUGGACCGCCUGCUCAGUGGCUUCGGCUUAGACCGAGAGAAGCAAGGCGCCAUGUACCACGCCCAGCAUCUCCGGUCCCGCCCGGUGGGGGGCCCUGCGGCGCCGCCCUCUGGCCGCCAUGUGGUCCCAGCCCAGGUUCACGUCAAUGGCGGGGCCUUGGCAUCUGAGCGGGAGACAGACAUCCUGGACGAUGAGCUGCCCAACCAGGAUGGGCACAGUGUGGGCAGCAUGGGCACCCUGUCCUCCCUGGAUGGCGUCACCAACAUCAGUGAAGCGGGCUACCCAGAGGCCCUGUCCCCACUGACCAAUGGACUGGACAAGUCCUACCCUGUGGAGCCAAUGGUCAAUGGUGGGAGCUACCCCUAUGAGUCUGCCAGCCGAGGGGUGCCCGCCCGUGCUGGCCACUCAGCCCCCAUGCGACCCUCAUACUCUGCACAGGAGGGUUUAGCUGGCUAUCAGAGAGAGAGCCCCCACCCGGCCUGGUCACAGCCAGUGGCCAGCACCCACUAUGGCCAUGACCCCAGCAGUAUGUUCCGUUCACAGUCCUUCCCAGAUACGGAACCCCAGCUGCCCGCAGCUCCAGCCCGUGGGGGAAGCAGUCGAGAGGCUGUGCAGAGGGGCCUGAAUUCCUGGCAGCAGCAGCAGCAGCAGCAGCAGCAGCAGCCUCGCCCUCCUCCUCGCCAGCAGGAAAGAGCUCAACUGGAGAGUCUUGGGCCCAGCAGACCUAGCCCUCAGCCACUGGCAGAGACCCCCAUCCCUGGCCUCCCAGAGUUCCCGAGGGCAGCCUCCCAGCAGGAGAUCGAGCAGUCCAUUGAAACGCUCAACAUGCUGAUGCUGGACCUGGAGCCGGCCUCCACUGCUGCCCCUCUGCACAAGUCGCAGAGUCUCCCAGGAGCCUGGCCAGGGGCUUCACCCCUCUCCUCCCACCCCCUCUCUGGCUCCUCCCAUCCACUGACCCAGUCGAGAUCUGGCUACAUCCCCAGUGGGCAUUCCUUGGGAAGCCCUGAGCUGGCCCCACGGGCCUCCCUGGAGUCUGUCACUCUUGGCAGAUCUUACUCACCUUACGAUUAUCAGCCGUGUCCAGCUGGGCCCAGCCAGAGUUUCUAUCCAAAGAGCCCAGCCUCCUCCUCGUCUGCCUUCCUUGCAAACACCCAUAGCCCUCCAGGGCCUCAGCAGCCCCCAGCCUCUCUCCCUGGCCUCACUGCUCAGCAACAGCUCUCACCGAAGGAGGUGACUUCAGAUCCAUCCCGAACUCCAGAAGAGGAACCAUUGAACCUGGAGGGGCUGGUGGCCCACCGGGUGGCAGGGGUGCAGGCUCGUGAGAAGCCUGCAGAGCCCACGGCCCCUCUCCGGAAGCGGGCAGCCAGCGAUGGACAGUAUGAGAACCAGUCUCCAGAACCCACAUCUCCCCGGAGCCCUGGGAUGCGCUCCCCUGUCCAGUGCGUCUCCCCAGAGCUUGCUCUCACCAUUGCUCUCAAUCCUGGAGGGCGCCCCAAGGAGCCCCAUCUGCACAGCUACAAGGAGGCCUUCGAGGAGAUGGAGGGGACCUCCCCGACCAGCCCGCCACCCACUGGGGUGCGCUCCCCUCCAGGUCUGGCCAAGACGCCCCUGUCUGCUCUGGGCCUGAAACCCCACAACCCUGCGGACAUCCUAUUGCACCCCACGGGCGAACCCCGGAGCUAUGUUGAGUCGGUGGUGCGGACAGCAGUAGCAGGGCCCCGAACUCAGGACCCUGGAGCCAAGAGCUUUAGUGCUCCCGCUGCCCAGGCCUACAGCCAUGAGACACCGCUGAGGAACGGGACCCUGGGCAGCUCCUUUGCCUCCCCCAGCCCUCUCUCCACCAGCAGCCCCAUUCUCAGCGCUGACAGCACUUCAGUGGGGAGUUUCCCAUCCGGGGAGAGCAGUGACCAGGGCCCCCGGACGCCCACCCAGCCUUUGCUGGAUUCUGGCUUCCGCGCUGGCAGCCUGGGACAGCCCAGCCCUUCGGCCCAGAGAAACUACCAGAGCUCUUCUCCUCUCCCGACUGUGGGCAGCAGCUACAGCAGCCCCGACUACUCCCUGCAGCCCUUCAGCAACCCGGAAAGCCAGGCCCCGUCUCAACUCAGUGUGGCUGCCAUGCACACGGUGCCUGGGAGCCCUCAGGCGCGCCACAGGACAGUGGGCACCAACACUCCCCCUAGUCCUGGCUUUGGCCGGCGGGCUGUAAACCCUGGCAUGGCUGCCCCUGGCAGCCCCAGUUUGAGCCACCGCCAGGCGAUGGGUCCUGGAACUGGUUUCCAUGGUAAUGUGGUCUCCAGUCCCCAGAGCAGUGCAGCGACCACUCCAGGCAGUCCCAGCUUGGGCCGGCACCCUGGGGCCCACCAGGCCUCAGGCCUCCAUGGCAACAUGGUGACCACUCCAGGGAGCCCAAGUCUGGGCCGACAUCCGGCCGGGGCCCACCAGGCCUCUGGUCCCCACGGCAAUGUGGUGCCCACUCCAGGGAGCCCAAGUCUGGGCCGGCACCCUGGGGCCCACCAAAGCAACCUGGCCUCCAAUCUCCACGGCAACGCAAUAGCCAGCCCCGGAAGCCCGAGUCUGGGCCGCCACCUGGGAGGGUCUGGAGCUGUGCUUCCUGGCAGUCCCAGCUUGGACCGGCACGUGGCCUAUGGCGGCUACUCCACCCCUGAGGACCGGAGACCCACGCUGUCCCGGCAGAGCAGUGCCUCUGGCUAUCAGGCUCCUUCCACGCCCUCCUUCCCCGUGUCCCCUGCCUACUACCCUGGCCUGAGCAGCCCUGCCACCUCCCCCUCGCCCGAUUCAGCGGCCUUCCGGCAAGGGAGUCCGACACCAGCCUUGCCAGAGAAGCGGAGGAUGUCCAUGGGAGAUCGAGCAGGCAGCCUCCCCAACUACGCCACCAUCAACGGGAAGGUGUCCUCUUCGCCUGUGGCCAGCGGCAUGUCGAGUCCCAGCGGAGGCAGCACCGUCUCCUUCUCCCACACCCUGCCUGACUUCUCCAAGUACUCCAUGCCAGACAACAGCCCUGAGACGCGGGCUAAAGUGAAGUUUGUCCAGGACACUUCCAAGUAUUGGUACAAACCUGAGAUCUCCAGGGAGCAGGCCAUCGCCCUCCUUAAGGACCAGGAGCCAGGGGCCUUCAUCAUCCGUGACAGCCACUCCUUCCGGGGAGCCUACGGGCUGGCCAUGAAGGUGUCUUCUCCCCCUCCCACCAUCAUGCAGCAGAAUAAAAAAGGCGACAUGACUCAUGAACUGGUGAGGCAUUUCCUGAUAGAGACGGGCCCCAGAGGUGUCAAACUCAAGGGGUGCCCCAACGAGCCAAACUUUGGAUCGCUGUCGGCCCUGGUCUACCAGCACUCCAUCAUCCCGCUGGCCCUGCCCUGUAAGCUGGUCAUUCCAAACCGAGAUCCCACAGAAGAUUCCAAAGAUGGUGCAGGCUCUGCCAACUCAACCACUGAUCUGCUGAAGCAAGGGGCAGCCUGCAACGUGCUCUUCAUCAACUCUGUGGAUAUGGAGUCACUCACUGGCCCACAGGCCAUUUCUAAAGCUACUUCGGAGACACUGGCUGCUGACCCCACACCGGCUGCCACCAUUGUCCACUUCAAAGUUUCCGCCCAAGGAAUUACAUUGACUGACAACCAGAGAAAGCUUUUCUUCAGACGACACUACCCCCUCAGCACUGUCACCUUCUGUGACCUGGAUCCGCAGGAGAGAAAGUGGAUGAAGACAGAGGGAAGCGCCCCUGCUAAGCUCUUCGGCUUCGUGGCCAGGAAGCAGGGCAGCACCACGGACAAUGCCUGCCACCUCUUCGCUGAGCUUGACCCCAACCAGCCCGCCUCCGCCAUCGUCAACUUCGUCUCCAAGGUCAUGCUGAGCGCGGGCCAGAAGAGAUGAGCCCUCUAGCCCGUGGCCGGGGCAGUGGGGAGAGGACCCCGUGAAUUCUGACCACUCUUGAAUCCAGAAGGAGGACUUUGGGCCAAUUUUGGAGAAGGAGAGAAGAAAGUGCAACGUGGGGAGGGGGACGUGAAUUGCAGAGGGGAGGGGAAAAGAAAGACAAAGAAAGAAAAAGCUGGAGGAGAAUAUCUCGGAUUCCCCUGAUCAGGUGGAUGCUGCGAAACUCCCAAAGCCUCCCAAACCCGCCAGGUCUGCCCAGCUCCUCCUGCCCCUCCAAGAGGAUGGAGCUCCUCAAAGGAGACAGAACCAGCCUCCUUGGGGACCCAUAUUUGGGGGGGUGAAUGGAAAAGCUCUGUCUCUCGAGCCCAACUAUUUUGCAAAGAGAAAUCAGGUUGAGAGACUCUUUUUCUGGCCAGCUCUAGGGUAGAUAGUCAACCCCAAAGAGUCUGCGUGGACAUCAUGUGGUGGGACUUCUGCUUCUGAAAGUAUCUCAACCCGAGGCGCCUAAGGUCUUUUUGCUCUGCCUCUGAUGGGUAUUUGUGUGUGGGUCAAUAUGGGGUAUACAUAGGUCUGCACCCACACCUCACAUGCUAACUUCUGUUUGCUUCUCAGCUAGAAUGAUAAACAAGUAUGCUUGUCCAUGUCCCAUGUGUUUGCACGUACAUGUGCAAACUCUCCACAGAUUAGAAUUGGGGGUGAUAGGGCAGCAGGAGGGGAUAUAAAUGCUUUUCCCCAGGGGCACCCAUGGUUAUGGGUGACCAGCUCUCUCUUGGUCUCUGUGCCUGUACACUAGCACCCCUCGGUGCCACCAGCCCCUUCUCCUUGACCAAGACCUCAGCAGGAGUGGGGCCAGCUCCCCCACAAUAGUUCCUCUGUCCUCUACCACCAGCAUGCUUGAGUAUUGGUUUGAGAACAUGUGCCCAUAGCUUUGGGGAAGAGAUCUUCAGGAAGAGUGGCCGCUGAGCUCCUGGCAUCUUCCCUGAGGUUUGAGGCCCAACAACUAGGUGGCGAGUGACUCCUGCCAGCUCCCAGCCUCAGCGCAUUAGACCAGCCUUAUCUCCGAUAUCUCUGCAUGCUGCCUUUUGGGGGGCUGGGAUGGGGCUGGAGACUGCUCUGCCCUGCCCCACAUUGGGGCACAUCCUGGGGAACUACUUCCAAAAUCCCUGCCCAGUGAGGUUCAGGGGAGAAGUCUGCAGUCUUGUGCUCCCCUCUGCAUGCAUUUUGGGGUCUGACUUUUUUCUUGGGCUACCCAGAGCCAUAUUAGCAGACCUCUGGGGGCUGCUGCAUAUACAUGACACAGCCUACCUGCAAUGCCAAAACCCGUCUGUUUCUCCUCUGCCUUGGUUUCCCCAGCAGAGCCAAGCUGCCCAGAAGCAGAGGGCAGAAAGCAUGCAUUAUUAGACUAGAGGGCUGAGACUCCAUUUGGGCAAUUGGGAAGAUCUGCGACCAUCACCCGAGAACUCUUAAGCUGGAAUGGAAAAUGCACCAGGACUCCAUUCUUGAGUGGCCUCUGAAGCCUACAGGGCUCCCCUAUAGAGAGGCAUUGUAUUGAUAUAUAAAUAUAUAUAAUAUAUAUGUGAGACAUACUGACAGAAUCUGUAAGCUAAUAAAAUAUAAGAAAAGGUUACAAAAAAAGAAUAGGUAAAUUGACCAGAAGUAUUUAUUGUUUUCCCACAUUUGCUUUGCUGCCUCCCAGGGCAUAAACCAAUUCCUGUCCCUUUCCUUACGUCUGAGCAAAGCCUGAAAUGUAGAGCGCCUUCAUGCUUGGAACAACCAGGGGGCCUUGCCCUGGCCUCUGUGUGGGGCUCAGCGGGGGUGGGGGGUGCUUGUGUUCCAUUCUGUUGCCCCCUGACUUUCUGGCAAGCCCAGGGCUGGCAGCUCCAAGAGAUGAAAGGGGAGCUGCCCCUUCCCCGCAGGCUCCAGUGAGGGGGAGCCUGUGGGGACCUGGGUGUGUGUGUGGCAGACAUGGGUGACGUGUGUUCUUGUGUAAUUUUUCUCCUCCAAGAAGCUGCAUCUGUGUGGACAUUGUAUUUCAGGGAGUUGGAAAGGAGAGUUUCUGAGGGAGGUUGGGAGUCAGUCCCUGCUUCCUGAAGAGUGAAGCCUUGUUCUUGGUCCCACCAAAGUAUUCUUCCUUCUGAGGCCUUCAAGCCUGAUACACCUCUCUCCUCAUGCCUUACUCACCCCAACUGUCUCCUGGAUUAAGGAGAUAGUCCCCAUCCCCUUCCUUUGUAAAUAUCAAAGUCUCCCUCUGGACAGCCACCCGGGAUUCUGCUCCUGGUCCAGACGUCCUCAUCUCACUGGAGGUGGACUCCAUGGCCGCCCUGCCCAGGUCUGAGGUCGCCUUCACCUGAACUUUCCACCGCCAGGUGCGGCUGGCGGCUCCGCUCUGGCCUGGGCCCGGUGUGACCCUGCUGGGGCCCUGGGGAUGCUUGGAAACUGUCCACUCCUUCCCCAGCCACCUUCUGGAAGGGGCUAUUUCCUAGAGCUUGGCCUUUCUGGAAGGAUGAUGAGGAUGGGCCCCCACAGUGGCCCCACUUUGGGUCUAACACUGGUUGGGACCACACUUGCCUCCUGUGUCUCCCAGGUUAGGCCCGUGCACGUGUGCCCCACGCCCUGCACGCGCGCGCACACACACACGCAGAGCACUGCAGUAUAUUCUUGCCAAAGAUUCCUUUGAAAGAAAGCACUUUUAAUAAUUGUUAUUGUUGUGUAAAUGUUUAUCCUUUUUCUCUCCUCCCCUUCUGUCAACCUUUUUUGCUGUUGUUUAUUGUUGAAGCUGUUUGUCCGCCAGGAGAGUGCUGUCUGAUCUUGGAAAUAGACCCUGAGUGGGGGAGUGCAGUUGGCAAGAAAGGGUGGGCCAGCCUGGGCCAACCCCUAGGCAGCGCAGCCCCCAGCUCCAGGCUUCACCUGCCUCUUUUGUCCAGUUGGCCUUCUGAGGCAGGCCCCAGCCUCGCCUUAGCCGCCUGGAUGGUAUCUGGAGGGAGGAGAGCAGGAGAGUGACCAUCUCUGAUUCACCCAGUGAGAGCCACGUGGCUCUUCCCAGGUGGAACAAGAGGAAAGCACUGGGCAUAGGAACAAUGGCGAGGCGGCCUCGGGGAAGCAGGAAGGAAGUGAGCUGUUUGAUCAACCUCCAGGGGUGACUGGAAUGACCCCGCCCUGUGGUUGCCAUGGCCUGGCUCCCUCAACUACGCAGGUGUUUGAGGGACAGAGACAGCUUGUCCUAGGUUGGGGAAAGGCUUUCUGAUCUCCAUCUUCCAGUCUCUCCAGCAGCUCUGAAAUCAUGUGGCCUGCUAGGGUUGCUCCUGCCCUGGGCUUUGAGGAACCCCUGGGUGUGUUAGUGGCAGGCAGGAUAGCCAGUGGCUGUGUGACUGUAAGAGGGACAGUGUGGUCCUUCCAUGAAGGGGCCCCCAGGAGGUGAGGGCUUUCUGCCCGCUCGGCUGGCUGCUGGCAGGGGCGUGGACUGUCAAGUGGGACAGAUCCUGUGCUCUUGCUGUUCAUCCUCCAUCCUUGCCUUCCUGGUCUUUUCCCAUUCUCUGUUUUCUUCCAGCUUUAGAACAUAGGGAGGUCUAGUACUCUUGAGGACUUCCUCUGCCCCUACAUGCCCCCACACUCAGGUCCUUAGAGAGGCGAGGGGUGGGCGGCAGAGCCCCUGCGUCACUCACUGUUCACCUAGGCCCAGGCCCCAGGGCCCUGAGUCUGGAGCCCCCUGGCCAGUGGUAAUAGGAUGUGUGUGUGUGCGCGCAUGUGCAACAAGUGUGGGUCUAUGAGUGCGUUUGCCUGUCUCUGAGGAAUCUGGGGUUGGGGUUGGAGGUGGCAGGCAAUGGGAUAUCAACUUCAGUAUCCCCCAGCAGCGAAAGGCAGCAGGAGGUGGUGAGGUCCCCAUUGGUGGAGUCUCAGUGUUGGGGAUGGUGGGGAUGGAUCGGCCACAGGGGUGGGGAUCCUCUGUCCUUGGUGUCCCAGAUGCCCCUUCCUUUCCACACCUGGGUUCCUCCCAGUAGCAAGCUCACUGUCGAGGGAUGUCCCAAGUUUGUUUCUAAUCAGUGUUAAAACAGUUUGAGACUCUCCUGUGCGUGUGUUGGUUUGCGUGUGUGAGAGCGAGCACCUCUGUGCGUGCGAGCUGUUGGUCCCCGUUUUUUCUCCCCUCUGAUGUUACAUUCAAAACAAAUGUUAAGAAACUUCAUAUGCCUCCCAGGCCCUCUGCAGGAAAAACAGAAUAACCCAGCAUCUCCCCACCCCCUGGCUGUGUAUUUAUAUAGAUGGAAAUAUACUUCCUAUUUUGUAUCCAUGCCUAUAACCGCCGCCACCUUGUAUAAACCUUGAACUUGCUACUUAUCCAGGAGAUGAAUGUAUUGUGCACUGAUGCGCCCCACUCCUGUACAGCUGCUUCGUUUCUUUGUGAUCCAUUGUAUGGCUUUAUAAAUGAUAAAGUGAAAGAAAAAUCCAUGCUUCUCUAGCUGUGUUGCUUGCUAAGGGCCUCUGCCAGGUCUCUGGUGGGCAGAGGGUAUCUCCCCAGCUCCUGGUUCAUGCCAGGCUUCAGGGAUACCUCUGGUGGAUGUCACCCCGAGUCCUUCCAGCAGCUUCCUCACCAUCCGGCUUGCCAUCUUGGUGACCAUGUUAUCUCACCUGGACUCUUAGCUGGAAGAGAAACUCAAACUGUAAGUAUAAAGGGGAAAAAUGAAUCUUUUGACUCGUGAUCAAGAAGCCAUAGCCGGAGCCAGGGCUCACGCAGCGGAAUCAGGAAUUUGUCUCCAUCACUAGGUUCUGAGUUGGUGACAUUCUCAGAUGCUCUGCUUCUACGGUGGCACCGACAGUGCCCCAGGAUAUGGCCACUGGGUGCGCCAGGCCUAACAGCAUGGCAGCCCCUU